AUGAAGCACGGCAACGGCAUGCUGCUCCAGCUAGCACUACUCAUCUCUCUGUCACUCGCUGGCGUCGUCGUCGGCGGAAGCGCCCCGACGAGCACGCACCUCCGGUUCUACAUGCACGACCUCGUGACUCCAUAUCCGGGGGCUCCGGCGACGGCGGUACGCGUGGCCAGGGGCGUGACGCCGCUGCCGACGGCCCCGAACCUCCGGUUCGGGGACAUGUUCGUCAUCGACGACCUGCUGACGGAAGGGCCCGACGCGGCGUCCCGCGCCCUGGGACGCGCGCAGGGGUCCUACGUGUUCGCGUCGCAGACGGAGCUGGCGCCGCUGCUCUGCGUCAACAUGGUGCUCACGGCGGGGCCUCACAACGGCAGCACGGUCGCCGUGCUGGGCAGGGACCUCAUCCUUGACAAGGUCGACGUCAGGGAGCUCCCCGUCGUCGGCGGCACCGGCACGUUGCGCGGCGUCACCGGUAUGGCGAGUUCAGGACCCACACCUUGA